AUACCCCAGCUGUCCUGCUCAGGUGGGAGAUGUCCCAUAUUCAGAAUCAUAGUCCCCCCUCUCUAGGAGAGUUAUACCCCAGCUGUCCUGCUCAGGUGGGAGAUGUCCCAUAGGUGAGUUAUACCCCAGCUGUCCUCCUCAGGUGGGAGAUGUCCCAUAUCCCACCUGAGAAGGACAUCUCCCUCCCAUAUUAAGAAUCAUAGUCCCCCUCUCUAGGUGAGUUAUACCCCAGAUGUCCUGCUCAGGUGGGAGAUGUCCCAUAUUAAGAAUCAUAGUCCCCCCCUCUCUAGGAGAGUUAUACCCCAGCUGUCCUUCUCAGGUGGGAGAUGUCCCAUAUUAAGAAUCAUAGUCCCCCUUCUCUACUUGAGUUAUACUCCAGCUGUCCUGCUCAGGUGGGCGAUGUCCUAUAUUAAGAAUCAUAGUCCCUCCCCCUCUCAAGCUGAGUUAUACCCCAGCUGUCCUGCUCAGGUGGGAGAUGUCCCAUAUUAAGAAUCAUAGUCCCCCCUCCCUAGGUGAACAAUAGCUUUUAGUUAGAAUCCCAGCUGUCCUGAUCAGGUGGGAGAUGUCCCAUAUUAAGAUUCCUUGUCCCCCUCCCUAGGUGAGCAAUAUCUUUUAGUUAGAAUCCCAGCUGUCCUCCUCAGGGGAGAUGUCAGCCCUCCUCCCUUUUCUUUGGGUCAGAUCUGAGGGGCAGGAAGCUGCAUGUUACUGAUGGAUUUUUCUCAAUUUAUGCCAAAAUUGCUAUUACCUUGUGCAAAUAAAAUGGGAACGUUGUCCUGACUGGUCCCUCAGUUGAGUGGAGAUACUUCAAAAUUGAAAGGGUGGAGAAGCACUGAUAAUUACACCAUAUCUUGUUCCAGAGUCAGAGUAUUGUUUCCAUCACAUGUUACGAUGGUAGGAGAGUUUGUGAGCUCUGUAGUCUGCAAAAUGUUUUUUAGAAAUGACUGGCGUGAUGUAUGGCCACGGAACAGCCAUGUUUUAUCUUGUUCUGUAUAUUAUGCAUCAUACAGGGGCAAGGGCUGUGAUUCAUGAUGUUUUAGUUAGAUGCAGUGCAGUGUCUGUAUGGGGCAGUCUUGGCACUAGGCAGGGAUCAUUAAUUUAUUAGACACAUGGCAGGGUUGGGGGGCUGCAUGGGGCCAAGAAGAGUGUUGGAGUGAUACUAAAAUCUCAGGGCAGCUCUCUGCAGAAAGCAGUCUGGAUUCUGGGAUUUUAGAGUUUGGCCUUCCACUUGUCUGGGUUCACAAGUAUAAGGGUUACUUUGACUUAGAGAUGUCAGGAUUUGUGGCAACAAGUAAUUUGCUUAAAACAAAUACUGUGCCCUUUUUCUGAAGCAGAGUGCUUGGGGCAGCAAGUUUCUGCUGGCAACAUAAUGACUAUGUGAAGUGAGAUCAGAGCAAGGCUAGUACAUCAGGAAGGAAACUUGAUCUAAAUGGAGUAUUAGGUGAGCAGACCUGGAGCUAAAUGGAGAACUAGGAGAGCAGGACAUGGAGAACUAGGAGAGCAGGACAUGGAGCUAAAUGGAGAACCAGGAGGGCAGGACAUGGAGCUAAAUGGAGAACCAGGAGGGCAGGACAUGGAGCUAAAUGGAGAACCAGGAGGGCAGGACAUGGAGCUAAAUGGAGAACUAGGAGAGCAGGACAUGGAGCUAAAUGGAGAACUAGGAGAGCAGGACAUGGAGCUAAAUGGAGAACUAGGAGAGCAGGACAUGGAGCUAAAUGGAGAACUAGGAGAGCAGGACAUGGAGCUAAAUGGAGAACUAGGAGAGCAGGACAUGGAGCUAAAUGGAGAACCAGGAGAGCAGGACAUGGAGCUAAAUGGAGAACCAGGAGGGCAGGACAUGGACCUAAAUGGAGAACUAGGAGAGCAGGACAUGGAGCUAAAUGGAGAACUAGGUCAGGUGCACCAGCAGCAGUAAGGGAGUUUUUAGGAAAGCUGUGUGUUUGCAGGGAGGGAGCUGCUGGUAAGGUCAGGGCUGCAGGGAGAGAGCUGCUGGUAAGGUCAGGGCUGCAGGGAGGGAGCUGCUGGUAAGGUCAGGGCUGCAGGGAGGGAGCUGCUGGUAAGGUCAGGGCUGCAGGGAGGGAGCUGCUGGUAAGGUCAGGGCUGCAGGGAGGGAGCUGCUGGUAAGGUCAGGGCUGCAGGGUGGGAGCUGCUGGUGAGGUCAGGGCUGCAGGGAGGGAGCUGCUGGUGAGGUCAGGGCUGCAGGGAGGGAGCUGCUGGUAAGGCCAGGGCUGCAGGGAGGGAGCCGCUGGUAAGGCCAGUGUUGAAGGGAGGGAGCUGCUGGUGAGGUCGGGGCUGCAGGGAGGGAGCUGCUGGUAAGGUCGGGGCUGCAGGGAG